AGUGGAAACAGAUAGACACAGCAACACUGAGAGAGAAAGAGAGAAACGAAGAGACAAAGAGAGAGAGAGAGUUUUGCUUUGCAACCAAACAACCAUGCCACCCAAACGCAAGGCUGAGCCCACCGCAACGGAGGCACCACCACCGGCGGCGAGGGUCACACGGUCGUCGACGAAGCGCGCCGCCACCGCGAGUUCAGUGGCUCCGCCUCCAGUGAAGAAGGCUAAGGGUAAAGGUAAAGGUAAAAAAGAGAAAGAGGAGAAACCAGUUGUGGUUGAUAAUGUUGCAGCCGAUGAAAUAGCCGAAGCCGAAGGUGAUUCCUCUGGAGAAGAAGUUCUAGAAGCUUCUGACAACAAAACCAUCGUCGUUGAGCAUUGUAAGCAAUGCAACUCGUUCAAGACGAGAGCUCUUUUGGUGAAGGAAGGACUAGAGAAGAGUGCUUGUGGAGUCACUGUCAUAGUGAACCCCCAAAAGCCAAGAAGAGGUUGCUUUGAAAUACGUCAAGAAGGGGGCAAGAAGUUCAUUAGCCUCUUGGACAUGAAGCGUCCUUUCAAACCAAUGAAGGAUUUGGACAUGGACAAGGUCAUUGCUGAUAUCAUUGAUGAGAUAUCAAACACUAGUUGAUUUAAAGUUGUUUUGCAAAGCUUUUUGUCUUGGCUUUAGUCAAGUUAGGUAAAUUGUUCUAAUGGUAGAAAUCCAACAAAGCAAAUCUGUUUCGAAUGUAUCAACCAGUUGUCUUUAUGGUUGUUAACUUCAAUUUCUGCAACUUGAGAGUUGAGACAGUCAUUUUGGAUAUAUGCUUACUGUCUCAACCAUGGAUUUGGUUUUAAUAGAAUUAGAUUCAGGUUUCAUAUGCAUAUUCAGACCAAAUUCCUAGAUAUCUUUUGCCGACAAUGUUUAAUUACUUGCAUCUUUAAGAAUGCUAAUGUUUC